GUCUCUCAGCAUUCGCUCACGUGUGUUGGUCUGUGCUGGUUGUGCUGGUCAACAGUAAGCCCUUUCAAGACUCAUUCGCCCACGUGUGCGCACCGUCGUUAUAUUCGUUGAUCCCCAGACCAACUAUCCACCAGAUUCAAAUAUUUUACAUAAUUUAUAUGAUAUUUGGUGGAUUUAGAAAUGUUCUAUGAUAUUGAUAUUCUCAAUCGUCGUGGUGGGAAGUUUGGUAUAAUUUGGCUCGCUGCUAACAAAAAAUUGAGACUUAAAGGAAAGGGCUCGAAGAAUGACUUGCGACUCUUGCUCCAAGUGCGAGUGGACCGGAUUUGUCAAGAAAUUGUUCAAUAUGUAAGAACGAUAAAUCCAGGAACUGAAGGAUCAAGCCCAAGGUUUUCCCUCUACCUCUCCGCUAUGCUGACUCAUGGUGCCAUUAUUGCUCAUCACAAACAAGUGUCCCAUACUCUUGCUAAUGUCAGGCUGACUUUUCAGCAAAGAGUGACAGAGAAGAAACUAAAAGAGUCCAAUAUCAGCUGUGAUGUACUAGACUUGUCUGAUGCUGUGAUUGGAGCUGGGAAAUACUUGUUGAGCGAUGGUUGUAGUUUGGAGGAUAGUGAGUUUGGGCGCUUGGUUGCUGUGGUUGAUGCUCUCAAGAUCCCGUCUAUUUAUCCUAUUGCCAAUGAAACUCGACAAGCCACACUUUGUGAAGUACAACUGAAUUGCCCGGCAUCUCCAGGUGAAAUUGAAAGAUUGUUUGCUGAAAUGGAAGUACCCUCUGGGUUUCAUGAAUUUAAUAUGAACAGUUCUGGAAUCUAUGUAUCACCAAGUGCAAUCACUUUGAAAGAAACAGAUGAACCCCUCUUUACUAUUGCAGAUUUGCCACCGAUUGAUGAAAGUUUUAUUGGCGAUGACAAGUUUGGGAGUGCAUUUGGUACUUUAGAAGUGCUAUCCUCAUGGAACGAAAGCAAUGUUGAGGAAAUACCAGUUCCAGGGCCGUCUAAUCUAAGACGUAGUAAUUCAAAGCGAGUAAUCCACGAUGAUAGUAAUGCAGCUCAAGAUGUUCCAAUCAAGCAAAGCCGCACUGAGCCAGCCGGAGAAGAGGCUCCUACCACAAUCACGGCCAUGCAAUCUCCUGAUAUGGUAUUGGAAUCGCUUGACGUAUUACCUGUACAACCCGGUGGAGGAGGACGUCGUCGACGGCGUCGAUUGAUUAUUGAUAAGGAAAUUAUCAUCCCUGCUGAAUUGUUCAGAGCUCAACUGUACGAUUGUAAAGAUUUGUUGCGGAUGCCCAAUGAAGAUGUGGUAAGGACUGAAUAUGCAGAGUGUACCGUUCACCACAUAUUCCGCCGUCCGUCAGUCGAAACACAUCAAAAUCCUUUGAUUAGAGAGCUGAUAACUAGGAACUUGGUGACUGUCGAAGAAGACCAAACUGAGAAUAGCGAUAUGUUUAAUGUAAACAACUACCUGGAGUCUUCCCAAAUGAAAGUCAAUGAGCCCAACCACCAAGAGGAUGGCCCAAUGAUAAUCGCUGAGCCCAACCCCCCAGAGGAUGCCCCAAUGAUAGUCGUUGAGCCCAACGACCCAGAGGAUGGCCCAAUGAUAGUCGUUGAGCCCAACCACGAGGCUGCUCUGGCAAUUGUUUUCGAUGAGCCCGAGAGAGCUCGUAACCUGCAACCCAAUGAAAUUUCAAUUGCACGUUCUGCAAACUUAAGCAACUUAACAGUCAGUAAUGUUUCGGGAUAUGCAUCCCCACGUCAAGCAGAAAAACAUCUUCCUAAUAUGCAAUCUAUCAAGGAGGUGGCAUCCGAAUCGACUGCAUCAACUCAACAUACUGGAAACGUCGGUGAUUUACCACCAGUCGGAGUGUCUGCCCGUGGAAAUUUUGGAGCUUGCUCCCCUGUCAACAAUCAACCUUCUCUUUCGACAUCUCAGCGAAAUGACACAUUCUCAGAAGUUAAAGUUCCUGAACCCCAGGCUUUAUUGGACACGAUUGAUGAAAUGAGCGAUCAAGUAUCACGCCUUACUUUUCGUCAACUUGUUCCUCCGACAAAGUACAGCAAACUGGAAGCGGCUAAGAUUUUCCAAACUUUGCUUGGAUUGGCAAAGGAUCGUAUAAUCUCCAUGAGUCAGGACAAAAACAAGCCAUUUUCGGACAUUUUCAUUACAUUGGAUCGCUAGGACCAUAGCGAUAACGGCUAUCUUAAUGUUUUUAACAAAAGUUUUCCCCUUAUUUCUUGUUGACGUCAAGUCGAUCGUUUUAAAACCCCAUUUUAUUUUUCUGAACAGUUUUAUUUCUAAGAGAUGUAGUGUGUACAAUCGUAAAAGAAGAAACAGAUUUUUUUUUAUCGCAAGUUUUUUUUAUAGAAGGAACUAAUUCUAUUAAAUAGCAAAACAUUUCUGGAUUCUUAAAUAGAUAUUUUCUGAUACAAAUAACUUUUGAAGUGUUAUCAGAUUCAUGUUUUUAUGAAAGUUGUUCAGCAAUACAAAUGUCUUCAGGCACAAACUGUGUCACCAUGGAA